CCCUCCCUCCUGUCCCUACUCACCCCUCCCCAACACCCCGCCCCGGGCGCCAGUGACUCCGCCUCUCCCUGCCGGGCGGCUCUUCGGCUGGAGCUGAGAAAGGAGCGCUUUCCCGGACUCGGCUCGGCUCCGAGGCUCCGAAGCCGACGCCGCCAGCUCAGCCCCGGGGGCGGGAGCAGGACUGCCAGCAGAGCCCGCACCUAGGAGCCGCCGAGCCCGAAAGCCUCAUGGGACGCCCCCGGGGGCUCUCUCCCCGCCCUGCUGCCGAGUCCCGGUCCUAGGCGCGCGGGCUCCACGGCCCACCCCGCCCGCAGCCCGCGGCCUGUCUGGAGAGGAGUAUGAGGCCCGGGGCCCCGCGGACGCCGGCCACCGGGCGGCAGGGGCCUAGCUGCGAAGCCCCGCGCCGGAGGGCGGCGGGUAAGGAGCCGCGGGAGCCGGCGAGGCGUCGGGGCGCGGAGAGGAGCGCCCCUGCCCGGGCACCCGCUGGGCCACGGGACUCGCGUGUGGCCUGAGUGCCGGGGAGGAGGCGGAGGCGCCCCUCCGUCCGGGCUCUGGGAAGGCGGCGAGGGGCUCCACGGCGGCCCCGGACCCCUGGCCACCAUCCUCACGCUCCUGCUCCCGCCGGGGGGAUGUCGCGGCCCGGGCCCCGAGCGCCGCCCCGGCCCCGGGGCUGAGCUCCGGACCAUGUCCUCCCGCAGCCCCCGGCCCCCGCCCCGCCGUAGCCGCCGCCGCCUGCCGCGCCCCUCCUGCUGCUGCUGCUGCUGCCGCCGCUCGCACCUCAACGAGGACACCGGCCGCUUCGUGCUGCUGGCGGCGCUCAUCGGCCUCUACCUGGUGGCGGGUGCCACAGUCUUUUCCGCGCUGGAGAGCCCCGGCGAGGCGGAGGCGCGGGCGCGCUGGGGCGCCACGCUGCGCAACUUCAGCGCAGCGCACGGCGUGGCCGAGCCGGAGCUGCGCGCCUUCCUCCGGCACUACGAGGCCGCGCUGGCCGCCGGCGUCCGCGCCGACGCGCUGCGCCCGCGCUGGGACUUCCCCGGCGCUUUCUACUUCGUGGGCACCGUGGUGUCAACCAUAGGUUUCGGCAUGACCACCCCCGCGACGGUGGGCGGGAAGGCCUUCCUCAUCGCCUAUGGGCUGUUCGGCUGCGCCGGGACCAUCCUGUUCUUCAACCUCUUCCUGGAGCGCAUCAUCUCGCUGCUGGCCUUCAUCAUGCGCGCCUGCCGGGAGCGUCAGCUGCGCCGCAGCGGCCUGCUGCCCGCCACCUUCCGCCGUGGCUCCGCGCUCUCGGAGGCCGACAGCCUGGCGGGCUGGAAGCCCUCGGUGUAUCACGUGCUGCUCAUCCUGGGCCUGUUCGCCGUGCUGCUGUCGUGCUGCGCCUCGGCCAUGUACACCAGCGUGGAGGGUUGGGACUACGUGGACUCGCUCUACUUCUGCUUCGUCACCUUCAGCACCAUCGGCUUCGGGGAUCUGGUGAGCAGCCAGCACGCCGCCUACCGGAACCAGGGGCUCUACCGCCUGGGCAACUUCCUCUUCAUCCUGCUCGGCGUGUGCUGCAUUUACUCGCUCUUCAACGUCAUCUCCAUCCUCAUCAAGCAGGUGCUCAACUGGAUGCUGCGCAAGCUGAGCUGCCGCUGCUGCGCGCGCUGCUGCCCGGCGCCCGGCGCGCCCCUGUCCCGGCGCAAUGCCAUCACCCCGGGCUCUCGGCUGCGCCGCCGCUUGGCCGCGCUCGGCGCCGACCCCGCGGCCCGCGACAGCGACGCCGAGGGCCGCCGCCUCUCGGGCGAGCUCAUCUCCAUGCGCGACCUCACGGCCUCUAACAAGGUGUCGCUGGCGCUGCUGCAGAAGCAGCUGUCGGAGACGGCCAACGGCUACCCGCGCAGCGUGUGCGUCAACACGCGCCAGAACGGCUUCUCGGGCGGCGUGGGCGCCCUGGGCAUCAUGAACAACCGGCUGGCCGAGACCAGCGCCUCCAGGUAGACCGCCCGUCCGCCCGCGCCAGGGACCCUCUCCAGGCCGCGGGGCCGCCGGGCGUGGUUUGCUUCCCUUCUCUCAGUCACUGCUGGCGCUUUCUUAAUCUUUAUCCAAUAAAAUGAAACAAAAAAAAAUUUUUUUAAAGAAAUACUAUUUGGCCAGGCCUGAUGUUAUCAAGGGCAGGUUUUGGGGACGCCUGUGUUCCUUGUGAGUUCCCUUUUCGAGAACCGUGGCCCCCAGCAGAUUCUCCUUCAGGGAGAGAAAACGUGGCCCCCCUAGGUCCCCACCCAGGGCAUACCGCAGCGAGGAGGGUUUUGCAGACUGGCACUAAACCCCGUCCCCAUGCACAGAAGCAGCCGGCAACCCCAAAGCAUAUGGUGCAACUUUUCGUGGCUCUGAAUUACCUCCUCAGCAUUUAGAAUCCUGGCCCAGCCUAGCAGCUUCCUUCUGGUCGUCAGAAGUGAUAUAGUCACAGUUUUGACAGGUGGGGGUAGGGACAGCCAUAUGUUGCCUCCCGAUGUAUAUAUAUAGAACAGCCACUACACACAGAGAAUGGUGUAGUAUUAUGCAAUGAGAUGAAACAUAGCACCAACUUGCGGACUGUGGCAUUUCCCCCAGAUUUGGAAAUUGCAGUGGUGAGGGGCUUAGCUGGCCUUUCUCAGCCCAAAGUUAGUCCAUUUAGCACAGAGCACAGGGCAGCUACUUCUAAUGGCGGGCAGUCCAGGGCACCUGUGAGGAGGGGAGCGCUGAGGCUGCAGGAGCCCUGCUGGGCUUUAGCUGGCUAAUCUCCAGGCUCCGAUCGGCAGAUCUUGAAUCCCCCAACCGUCCUUUCUUUCACAAGCUCAUCCACAACAGGCCUUUUCAAUAUUAACCAGGAAUAUCUGAGUCUCCUCAGACAAGAUAUUUCUUUGUUGGUGUGGAUUUUUUUUUUUUUUUUUUUUUCUUAACUACUGUUGAUGAGUUCAACUUUUCCCCCUUUGAGAGAUCAUGGGGUUGCUGGGCGCAGCCCUCCAGCUUCUCCUCCUCCUCUGAAAGAGGCAGCUCUGCCAGCUGCGUUCUUGGGAACCAGGGCCUGCAGCACCAGGAACCCAAAAGAAGCCAUCUUGCAAAUGUCAGAGUGUUUGGUUCCAGAGGCCAUGAUGUGUUUGGGGUCAGGAAAGACAGAAUCCCUUUCUAAAUAUUGUUUAUCAAGAGGAUUUGUCUUCUCCAUGAACAGCCUGUUGGAGGUAGAGGAAGGCAGGAGGGAGGGAGCUGGUGAAACUUGUGGAUGGAAGUAAUGUUAGGAUUAAAGUUUUGCUCUCAGGCGAGGGACAGAUUCUCCCAGACUUGCCUUCUGCAGAACGGGGGCCCCUGACCUGGAGGAAGGCCAGAUACCUAGGCUUCGUUGAAAGGAUGGUGGUCUGGGGCUGUAAACAAACACUCUCUGGCCAUUUUUCUCAUCUAUGAUGAGGGCAAGGACAGGUGCCAGAGUUUAUACAGGCACGGCGUGACCCACCAGUAGGCAGAGCUUCUGAUAGGAAGUCUUAGAAAAGCACCGCCUCACCGCCUCCAGCUCGAGCCAUGCUGUGAAAUCUCUCUCCCUGGCAAAUGUGCCUGGAACACACACAUACACAAACAUGCACGCAUGCGCUCACGCAUACAGCAUUUGAGUCAAACUUGAAUGUCAAACUCUUCUUUCCCCUUCUAGUUCAUGGCAGGAAGGGAAAGCUUACCUGAGAUCUCAGUGACUCUCCAGCUAUUUUGGGUAAUUUCUGGUUUGAGUUGGGAUUAGUUUUUAAAUAUGGACCCUAAUCUGGGGUGAAGCCAGUGAAGCAGCGCUGGCCAGGAGAGAGGUCAGUCUUGCUAAAUACUGAAUGGUGGGCUCCUGUGAAAACCAUGCUUUCAGGAUUCACUGUGACUGUCAGGCCAGCCCAGCGAGUGCCCCCACAUCCAAGCCAUGGUUGCGGUCACAGUGAAGGGAUAGCCCACUCAGAGGGACACAUGUUCUCUAGGGCAGGGCCCUCUGACAGGACCUGGAAAUAAAAUCCACGUUUAUCCCUUUAAAAAAGGGAACGAUUAAAAGGCAUUCAAUUAGAGGUGUUACCUAGGCAACAGGAAAUAACUUGGGGAUCAGAGCUGUCCAGAAAGGGAAGAAGAGAUCCCCAUGAUAGAGGCAUGUAGAUAGUGAGGACUUGAUCUGGGGGCAAAAUAACAGCCUACGCACAGUAAGUGAGCCCCAGCAACAGUCCAGCAACCUAAAACCCAGGCAUCAAGACUGUGUGAGCUAGACAGGCCUAAAGAGACCUCCAGGCAAUCCCCCGCCCAGCGUGCAGCACUACACAGAAUCCUGGUCUCCAUGGGAGGAACCAGGACCCACCUCCAGAGAAGAAAAACUCGAAACAUUUCUUGGCAGUCUUCUCUGUUGGCGGUGCUUCCUAGACUCUAUCCCAAGUUGCUUAUGCUGCAGCCUCAGCUGUUUUUACUUCUUUUCUUAUGCUUUGGUUUUGGAAAGAGGCAAUUGAAGGCAGCUUGAGCAAUCUUCUAAAGGAAUCGUAAGCGUGGUUUCAAGGGGCAGGAAAAUGAGACCCUUCCCCUUCCCACCCCCCAACUUCCCAGAGAAACGCCAGUCCUCCAAGGUACAGUGGCAGCUCAGGAUCCAGUGGCACAUGUUUAUUUUUGCCUAUGUUCCCCUGUCCCCAUCCCCCAACCCAGUCUCAGUCACAUGAUGCCAUGAUACGUCACGCCAUCGUCCCUCAUGUCAGGCCAAAGGGCUCAGUGCCCCAGACGCCAGGGGCUGCUUCACUGAAGCAGGCAUGUGGUUCUCCCAUCAUUUCAGGAACAGGGGGAUGCCUUUCUUUGGUGCAGGUUCUUCUAGACCUCAGACCAAAAAAGAGCUCCAUUCCCUCAGAUGCUGUGGCCUCUCUCACUAUCCUGGGGGUCUCAUUUUUCCCACCACUGGUAGCUCACUGUAGCCUACAAUUUCCUCACGCUCCCGGAGUUGCUUCCUAACCUUAGGCCUGAACUUACCCAUCAUGCCGGCGCUGUGGGGCUCCCUUAAAGGUGGAAUGAGCUCCAAGAAGCCCUCGCCAUAUGACUGUGGCCACAUAGAAGCCAGAGUCUUGGCGAGCAGCCUUCUCAGAGCUGAGCAGAAAGGUAAAGAAGCCACCCUGGGUGUCCUAGCUUGCUAAAGCGAGGUGGCCAGGCCUUUGUGUCCUCUGAAUGAAGCAAUGCCUCCAGGCCUGGAGAAGGCAUCAGAAGGCUUAGGCAAUCUCAGGCUCUCAUAUUGUGGAAAAUGCCAGGCAGCCCUGGGCAUUUGCACAGUAUCAUGCAUAUAUAUAUACACACACACACACAUACACACCAGCCUUACAAAGAGCUACUAUCCCUUUUCCCCAAGGAAAAGUCUCAGUCUGGGCCACUUUAAGAAGAAAGAGUUCCCAUUUUAACUCCCUAGAGAUGUACCAGGGCCUGGAAAAUCCCUCUCUGCCUUGGGGGAGUUUUAUGUACAAUUUGCAUGUAUUCAGGUUUCACACAGAAGCCAGCAUCCAAACCCAAGCCAAACCCUGGAAAAUAGCUGCUGAAUUGACCCAGGAUCCUCCGUCCUUCAGACAGGCCUCCCAGCAGACCCCCUCUUCCUGUGGGCUCUGGGGUGAGGGGUGACUGAGCCCUCAUGGCCAAAAGAGAAGCUUCUGGGGAACUGAGGCAGACGGCAGCCCAGCCAGGCAGAGACCAUAGGAGCGACGGGCCCUGUGGUUCGAUCUUACUGUAACUUUUUACAUUCUUAAAAAACAAAAAGCACAAUUCCACAUGCACACUGUCUGGAAAGCACAGCCAGACAGCCAGCCUAGGGCACUUCUGAGUCCAGAAGAGGCGCUGGGGCUUUAUCUGUUGCAGGGUUGUUGUUUUGUUGUAUAAUGUGCUCGUGGUGACUCUGAAGGCUCCUCACUUUGUAGGGUGGAGAGGGAGGGAGGGAGGGCCUGCUGAGGCCAUUCCUGACCCCCAGGGUGGGCUCAUCAGCAUGGACUUGGGGCCUGGACUGUUGCCCCUGGAGCAGCUCUGGCACCUUCAGGCACCCCAGAGCACAAUUGCUACAUCUUCCACGCUAGUCUCAUGCAUUGAGGAUUUCUGCACUCGGACCUGGCCCGAGACCCUCUUACCCUUCCCCUUCUUCCCUAAGGAAGCUCCCCAUUGCUUUACAAAUCAUUUUUUAUGCUAUAUGUUCUCUCAGGAGGGGGCUAGAGCAUGCGGGACAAGCCUGCAGGGUUUCUCAAACAAUACAUCUAUUUUUCUGAGCAGCACUCCAAGAGAGGACUUAAAGGGUGUUUAAAUUAACGAUGAAUAAAAUGCAGCCUGCCACUCCUCUAA